GCUGCCGGGGCGUUCUCGCUUUGGUCUCAGGGAUCCCCGGCAGGUCACGCUGCGACCCGCGCUGGAGCUGGUGGGAAGGCAUGGGUUGGUCUCAGAAUUUGUUCCGUGUCUUGUGGAGAGCGCUGUCAAAGGAAGUGAAGGAGCAAGUGGGCACAGACCGGUUCGGGAACAAAUACUACUAUAUCCCAGAGUACAAGAACUGGAGAGGACAAACUAUUCGAGAGAAAAGAAUUGUAGAAUCAGCAAAUAAAAGAGAAAUAGACUAUGAAGUAGGGGAUAUCCCAACAGAAUGGGAAGCUUGGAUCAGAAAAACAAGAAAGAUUCCACCUACUAUGGAGGAAAUAAUGAAGAAUGAAAAAUAUAAAGAAGAAAUUAAAAUGAAAACCAAAGACUUUUGUGAAAAAGAAAAACUCCUCAGAGAAGAGAGCAACAAGGAACACUUGGCUCCACCAGUUCAAACUCAGAUUAAAGGGCAUGCCUCCGCUCCGGACUUUGGAAAAGAAGAAUCCUCGGUGGCUCCCACCAGCACUGGUAAAACCUUUCAGCCAGGAUCCUGGAUGCCACAAGAUGGCAAGAGCCACAAUCAAUGAAUGCACUGUGGUAAAAUCAUUUCAUUUAUAUAUGUAUGUGACUAUUUUAACAAGUAAAAGUAAAAAGUUACUUUGUA